UGGAGUGGCAAGGGGCAAGUCGCAGGAGGAAGGCCUGGGCCAAGUGCCGCAGCUCCUGGCAGGCGUCGGAGACGGAGGAUCUGUCCACAGAAGCGACGACGCAGGACGAGGACGAGGACGACGAGGAGGACCUCUCCGGCACGAAGCUGCCGGCGACGGCGGGAAGAGGAAACGUGCCCAACGAGAAGAUCGCGAUAUGGCUCAAGGACUGCCGGUGA